CCGUUUCCCUAAUCCAAAAACAUGGGUUCCCUGUCCCACUCCCACCCCACCUCUGAUUUCCCAAACGCCACCUGGUGAUGCUGAUGCAGCAGUUUUGAUAUCAUUCUGCUGCUAUACUGCUUGGGCUGAGAGAAGGAACGGGAAGAGCGAUAGCCGACGGGAACUGGCAAGGCAUGGCGAUGGGCGGCGAUUACGGCGCGUUCAUGGAGAAAUUCGAGCUGCUGCCUCCGCAAUCUCAGCAGCACCUCCCGCUUCACGGCCUUACCUUCGCUAUCAAAGACAUCUUCGACAUCAGCGGCCGUGUCACUGGGUUUGGCAACCCGGAUUGGGCGAGGACGCAUGCCCCCGCCGGCGCCACCUCCCCCGUCGUACUGGCGACGCUGGCCGCCGGCGCCAUCAGCAUCGGCAAGACCGUCAUGGAUGAGAUGGCCUACAGCAUAAAUGGGGAGAACGCGCACUACGGCACGCCGACUAAUCCGUGCGCCCCCGAUAGAGUUCCGGGAGGAUCCUCCAGUGGAUCAGCUGUUGCCGUUGGCGCAAAACUCGUCGACUUCGCUCUGGGCACUGACACUGGAGGUAGUGUGAGGGUACCUGCUGCCUAUUGUGGCAUAUUUGGACUCAGGCCUUCCCAUGGAUUGGUUUCGACAGAAAAUGUCAUCCCAAUGUCACAGAUGUUUGACACUGUCGGGUGGUUUGCUAGAGAUUUAUCUACAUUAUCUCGUGUAAGCAAUGUGUUGUUGCCGCUACCUGCUGACAACACUAUCAAGCGACCAACUCAUUUUAAGAUUCCUAAAGACUGUUUUGAAAUCUUAGGCUCUUUGAAUGACCAAACAUAUCAGAUUCUCAAUGCAUCAGUAGCUAAGAGAUUUGGUAACGAUGCAGUAGACAAUAGGAACCUUGGUGAGUUCGUCUCCAGCAAUGUUCCGACUGUUGGGAAAUUCAUUAGCGACUUCUCCAGAAGCGAAGCACCAUCUGUACCUGCUCUAUCUGUUAUUUCAUAUGUCAUGCGAUGCCUCCAAAGGUCUGAAUUCAAAGCUAACCAUGCAGAGUGGGUCAACACUGUAAGGCCUAACCUAGGCCCUGGCAUCCGAGAGCGGGUGUAUGAAGCCAUUGCAUCAGAAGAUGGACCCAUGGAGGAUUUUCAUGUUCUGAAGACUGAAUUCAAGUUGGCGCUAUCUGCUCUUAUCAAGGAUGAUGGGAUCCUUGUGAUACCAACAGUUCCUGGUUCUCCACCAAAGCUGCGCAUGGAGGCUGUUGCAUUAGAGAACUUCCGCGCAAGAGCAUUUUCAUUGCUGUCGAUCGCUGGACUAUCUGGGUUUUGCCAGCUGAGCAUUCCACUGGGCGUGCGCGGUGGUGUUCCGGUGUCAGUCUCCCUAGUGGCAUGCCAUGGUGCAGACCGUUUCCUCCUGAGUGUGGCUCAGGAGCUGUAUGAGACUCUCAAAGAGGAGACCAAGAAAGGCUGGAGCUCACCAGACUCCUCUCUCUGAGCCAUCAAUCAUUUGCAAAGUUCAGGUUUCAUCGGUUCUCAAUCGCCCUGUGUCCUGCACAACUGCUUGUGGAUCUAGUAGAUAUUGUUGUGGUUCAGGCGUACUGGAUCCGUGUGAAGAGAAAAUAUGUUUUUGCCACAUAUGCACAUACUACAAUUUGCUGCUUCUGUAUACAUAUGGUGAUAAAAGAGUAUUUACUACAAAUUCAGGCAUGUACUGGAAAAUGACAGCAGUAAGUCCAAAAUUCGUGGCAAAGGAAUUUGUGUGUGGAGAAUUUGUGCAUAAAAGAAAAGGGCACAUAAAACUGUCGAUAACAAUAUAUGUGUGAGAAAUGGAGGAACUCAAAAGAAAAUUCCGUUCA